AUGGCCUCACGAGGCCCUAGCGAAGGGGCACCGAGGCCUGACGUUGGCGACACCUUGGUCGUAAUACAUGAUUUUCAGGCCCGAAGCUCCGACGAACUCAGCCUUGCAAAGGGAGAUCGAGUUGAACUAAUAGAACGAGAUGACGAGUUUGGCGACGGAUGGUUUCUCGGUCGCCAUCUGGUCAACAAUAACAAUGGACUCUUUCCUGAAGUUUACACCAGACUGGCCCCCAGAAAUGCCCCUACGAGCACUUUCAGCAGCUCCAAAACCCAGGCCCCUCAUCAAGAACAAACUCAUGAUUCGACCCCCGACGCAAAAGAAGAACCUGCGCCGCAGCCCCAGACCCGAAGCCCUGUGACACUCCCUCUCAACAGUGUCAAAUCCGAGCCCGCUUUGGUAGCCAGCGACCCUCCCGUCCUGCCCGGAUUGAGCCAACUGACUACCCAGAACCAAGACAGUCACGUCUUGCACGAAACACUUACUGUCAUUGAUGAGCACAUAACCGAUUUGAGAUCUCCAGCCAGCAAUGGCGGGCUUCGAGCGGCAGCGAACGAUUCCGGUAGCGAGUAUAGCAGCAUCCACCCUGGCCAACGAGCGUCGUACAUUCAAGGCGAAGAGACAGACGAAGAAGAAGGGGAGUUCCAUACACGAGAAGAAGUCGAGGCGUGGUCACCUGAUGAUGUUGCCGAAUACCUCUUCACUUCAGGAGUUGAAAAGCACCACUGCGAAGUCUUCCGAGACCAAGAAAUAUCCGGCGAGGUUAUUCUUGGUAUGGAUCAAAGCUCGCUGUUUAUCAAAGCCUUCGACCUUGGCUCAGUUGGCCGGCGACUGAAGACUUGGCACAAGAUCAAGGCCCUUCAGGAUGAAGUUAACAAUCAGGGAUUGGAGACACGCCGGACGACGCAGACAUACGGAAAUGAUAGCUCAGAUGACAUCCGGAGGCCGAGAAGUCGAGCAAACACUCUAACAAACCGGCCUACUUCUAUUCAAACGAGACGGAUGUCUCUAUCGCAGAACACUCCUAAACCAUCUCCAACGUUCGCAGGAUCUCAUACACAAGACAGUUCUAAUCGCGCCAGUCAUAUCAAGAGGCCAUCUGCGGCAUCGAUCAGGGAAUUAAACCAUUCACGCCGACAUUCUUCAUCGACAGAUUUUCGCCAAGCUGGCCUAGCAGUAGCACCUGGACCUGCCCCUGUUCCCAAAAUCUCAACACCGGGUACCCUCCCUGUAACCGAGGGUGUUCAUAAGAAGCAGCCCUCAUUUGACCGAAACUGGACCCUUGGCAGCGCUUAUUCGCAACCCCCGCAACGACCCCUUUCUUCGACCGGCCUUCAUGACCUACUUAGCCCGCCCGGGGCCGACGCCCAAGAUUCUAAUGUUGACGCUGAUCGAGGCUAUUUUUCCGGAACAGAAGUCGACGGAAGAAAGCGGAAUCUAUUGCGAAAGCGUGACAGCAAUGCCGAGUCGAGAAAAUCCAGUUAUGCAGAUGAGCAAAGGGUACGAAGCGCUACAGCCAUGGCACGACAGUCAAGAUUUGGAAGCGUGGGGUCGAUGGCAGAGGGAGGUAUUUCCUCAGCAGCUCAGAAGUACUACGGUAUUCAGUCUGGCGCUCACAGGAGAACUGCGUCAGCUGCUUCAGAGUCAACGAUGAACGUACCGGUAUCUAACAACGACGUUCCGUCACCCACUGUCACUAAACUAGACACCACAGUCGGAUCAGGCCGUUCGACAGCAUCACCUGUCUCCACUCGGCACCAAGGUUUUAAUUCGGAUUGGCUGUCGUCAAUGGUGAACAAACCGAUCGCACUGGCUGGAAGCAAGGGUAUGCGAGCCAUAUCUGAUAACUUGAGCUUUGACAGGUCCAAAGCGUCGACUCCGACCGAUUCGUCAAACAAGGACUUCUUAGUGGACUCACCUGCGCGGACCGGUUCGACGACACCAUCGGGAGGAGCUAGUUUUGAUCUUGAAUCUCCUGAUACCGCCAAGAGUCCCGGUACUCCUGUGAAUCAAGUUAGCAAGAAAGCCGGGAAGAAGGGCAAAAAGGAAACGAGCGCCUACACCCGAGGAUUACUCAAGAUCUCACCCAAGGAGGCAAGCAAAGAUGCCGACUACAGUGGCUGGAUGAGGAAAAAGAGUUCCAAUCUAAUGACAACAUGGAAGCCCCGUUUCUUUGUUCUUAAGGGUCGAAGAUUGGCAUACUACUAUUCAGAAGAUGAUGAACAAGAAAAGGGACUUAUUGAUAUUUCAUUCCACCGAGUCCUGCCUGCAGACAAUGAAAAGCUCACAGGUCUUCAUGCCACAAUCACGAGUCUAGGAGGUCAAUCAAUGCCUGGGAGCCAAGCUGACACCGAGGAUCUUGAAAAAGGAGACGACUCGAUAUUCAUUUUCAAGCUGGUUCCUCCCCGGGCCGGUCUGUCGAGAGCUGUGAACUUUACAAAGCCAACUGUCCAUUACUUUGCUGUUCCGAAUUUGAAGCAAGGACGAUUGUGGAUGGCUGCUCUCAUGAAAGCGACUAUUGAUCGAGACGAUUCCAAGCCCAUUACCACAACCUAUCAGCAAAAGACGAUAUCCCUCACCAAGGCCAAACAGAUGCGUUCUCGUCCACCAGCUCUGAUGAACCUCGAAGAGGGGGCCGAAGAGGAGACAGGCGCAGGCCGAAAGGAAGCCAAUGGAUUGGGGAUCUCGUACGAUGAAGCAGAUAGUGGCGUUUCUGGCGUCGACAAGCUGGCCGGCCAAAAGGCCGAAGAAGCCAAGUCAAGUCUCGACUCUGAGCAAGGGGCUCCACACGCGUCUUGA